AUGGUUGCUGGACGUAAUGAGUCAGGUUGCGAACUCGAUCAACUUCAUGGUCCUCAUGGUCUCUAUAUAACGGAUGAUGGAAAUAUCCUUAUUGCUGACAGAUGGAAUCAUCGUAUUGUGGAGUGGAAAGUGAAUGCAAAGAAAGGACAAGUAGUCGCUGGUGGAACAGGUUUCGGAAAUCGGAAUAAUCAGUUGGAUGGUCCAACAGAUGUGAUUGUUGACAAAAUGACAGAUACUCUCAUCAUUUGCGAUUCGUGUAAUCGUCGAGUAAUGCGAUGGUCUCGCCGAAAUGGUAUUAACAGUGGAGAAACUCUUAUUGAUAAUAUUGAUUGCUGGGGAUUAGCCAUGGACAAUGAGAGAUAUCUGUACGUCUCCGAUUGGAAAAAUAAUCGAGUGAUACGUAUUCGAAUGGGAACAAGUAAACUAACAGUGGUAGCGGGUGGAAAUGGAUCAGGUGAUCAUCUUAGUCAACUCUGCUAUCCUGGAUACAUUUUUGUCGAUCAGGAGCAUUCUGUUUACGUAUCAGACAGAGAAAAUCAUCGUGUGAUGAAAUGGGUAAAGAAUGCGGAAGAAGGCAUUGUUGUAGCGGGUGGACUAGGACAAGGGCAUACUCUGUUUCAACUACACUAUCCAAACGGACUGUGCGUUGAUACUUUGGGCACAAUCUAUGUGGCAGACUACGGGAAUCAUCGAAUCAUGAGGUGGUACAAUAGAGAAACAAAAGGAAAUGUGAUUGUUGGCGGACAUGGUCCCGGAGACAAUCUACAUCAAUUGAAAUGUCCCAUUGGUUUGUCAUUUGAUAGACAAGGUAAUCUCUAUGUUGUUGACUAUCUGAAUAAUCGAGUGCAACAAUUCUCACUUGGAACGAGUUGA